CUAACACUCAUCGAAGCUGGCUGGAUAUUCAUGGUCGGCGGCCAAAGCGUAGUCCUAUACUCCCGAUUACAUCUGGUCUCGCGCAACUAUCGAGCCCUGCGCUUUCUUCGCAAUAUUAUUAUCGUUGACACCAUCCUCCUUAUCCUCCCGACGACGGUCCUUUAUUUCGGAGCAGCCUAUUUGGAACCGCAAGCAUGGGCAACAGGAUUGUCAACCACGGAGGACGGGCGCUCUGGAACAGCCCGCGCCGCGAUUAUGGCAGCCCGGAAAGAGUCCCCGAUACGUCUAUCAAAAUGGCUCCUAUCCACGUUGGCGCCCUGCUCUUCGAUUACCAGACGAUCGACAUCAUUGGACCAUGCGAUCUACUCAAUUCUGCAAGUAAGAUGCUCAUGGAGGGGAUCAAUCAAUACACGCCCGCGCCCGAAUUCAUCUUCCACCAUAUCGGAGAGACCCUGAAGCCGGUACGUCUGUUGACAAGCUUCGUAACAAUGGUGCCUACGGUCGCUGUGGAUGACGUCCCCGAGUUGGAUAUCCUCCUCGUCGGUGGGGAUAACCCUGCUGGAACCAAUCUUCCUCCGAAAUUGCAGGACCUGGUCCGCCGCCAUGCUGCCUCUGGAAAGCUACUGUUCACGAUCUGCACCGGAGCCGCGGUUGUUGCAGCCACCGGUGUUUUAGACGGCAGAAGGGCCACUGUCAAUAACCUCGAGUACAAUUGGGUCAAGAAGGAAUACCCCAAGGUCAAGUGGACAAUGGAGAAGAAGUGGAUUAUUGACGGCAAUAUUUGGACUGGGAGCGGAGCUGUGGCGGGGAUGGAUAUGGUUGCCCACUGGAUCAAAGAGAACUUUGGGCUGGACGUUCUUACUCACGCGGGAUUGUCGCUUGAUUUUGAACCACGGGAUGUUGAUGGACUUUUCAAUGUGCUGCCCCAGCGAUACGAUUCCGCCGGAAAUAAGAUUUCCACCCAUGUCUUUCCCGACGAGAUCUGA